GCUAUAAAUAAGGUAACAGAGAGACACUCUCCAUCGUCGCUCUCAAGUCUCAUCCCAUCCCAUCUCCGAUUCAAACUCCGUAAAGCUUGGUGUGGAGACAGUCCCUGUACUUGUUGGUCCUGUCUCUUACUUGCUUCUUUCCAAGCUUGCAAAGGGUGUUGACAAAUCAUUUGAUCUUCUCUCCCUUCUCCCGAAAGUCAUCCCAAUCUACAAGGAAGUCAUUGCGGAGCUCAAGGGAGCGGGUGCCACCUAGAUUCAGUUUGAUGAGCCACUUUUUGUCAUGGACCUUGAGGGUCACAAACUCCAGGCUUUUAGCGCUGCCUAUGCUGGUCUUGAAUCAACUCUCUCUGGUCUGAAUGUUCUUGUGGAGACUUACUUCGCUGAUGUCCCUGCUGAAGCAUACAAGACCCUUACUUCCUUGAAGGGUGUGACUGCCUUUGGUUUUGAUUUGAUCCGUGGAACCAAGACCAUUGACUUGAUCAAGUCUAGUUUCCCUAAGGGCAAGUACCUCUUUGCUGGUGUUGUUGAUGGAAGGAACAUCUGGGCCAAUGACCUCGCUGCCUCUCUCAUUACCUUGCAGUCACUUGAGGGUGUUGUUGGUAAAGACAAGCUUGUGGUCUCAACCUCUUGCUCUCUUCUCCACACGGCUGUUGACCUUGUUAACGAGACUAAGCUGGAUGCUGAAAUCAAGUCGUGGUUAGCUUUUGCCGCGCAGAAGGUUGUUGAAGUUGAUGCUCUAGCCAAGGCUUUGGCUGGUCAGAAGAAUGAGAGUUUCUUCUCUGCCAACGCUGCUGCUUUGUCUUCAAGGAGGUCUUCUCCAAGAGUCACCAACGAGUCUGUCCAGAAGGCUGCUGCUGCUUUGAAGGGAUCAGACCACCGGCGUGCAACUGAAGUAAGCACAAGACUAGAUGCUCAACAGAAGAAGCUGAACCUCCCCAUCCUCCCAACCACAACCAUUGGAUCCUUCCCACAGACCGUUGAACUCAGGAGAGUUCGCCGUGAAUACAAGGCCAAGAAAAUCUCUGAAGAGGAUUACGUCAAGGCCAUCAAGGAAGAGAUCAAGAAGGUUGUUGACAUCCAAGAAGAUCUUGACAUCGAUGUACUCGUCCACGGAGAGCCUGAGAGAAACGACAUGGUUGAGUACUUUGGAGAGCAAUUAUCAGGUUUCGCAUUCACAGCAAACGGGUGGGUACAAUCCUAUGGAUCACGUUGCGUGAAGCCACCGAUCAUCUACGGUGACGUGAGCCGUCCCAAGCCAAUGACAGUCUUCUGGUCUUCAACAGCUCAGAGCAUGACUAAACGUCCCAUGAAGGGUAUGCUCACAGGACCAGUCACGAUUCUUAACUGGUUUUUUGUCAGAAACGACCAGCCUAGGCACGAGACUUGUUACCAGAUUGCUUUGGCUAUCAAAGACGAAGUGGAAGAUCUUGAGAAAGGUGGUAUUGGAGUCAUUCAGAUUGAUGAAGCUGCUCUUAGAGAAGGGUUGCCUCUUAGAAAAGCAGAACACUCUUUCUACUUGGAUUGGGCUGUUCACUCUUUCAGAAUCACUAACUGUGGCGUCCAAGACAGCACUCAGAUCCACACUCACAUGUGCUACUCAAACUUCAACGACAAUAUCCACUCCAUCAUCGACAUGGAUGCUGAUGUAAUCACCAUUGAGAACUCACGUUCAGACGAGAAGCUUCUCUCGGUGUUCCGUGAAGGAGUGAAGUACGGUGCAGGUAUCGGUCCUCGUGUUUACGACAUACACUCACCGAGAAUAGCAUCAACAGAUGAAAUAGCAGACAGGAUCAACAAGAUGCUUGCGGUUCUUGAGCAGAACAUCUUGUGGGUUAACCCUGACUGUGGUCUGAAGACGAGGAAGUACACUGAGGUCAAGCCAGCACUUAAGAACAUGGUUCAUGCGGCUAAGCUUAUCCGCUCCCAGCUCGCCAGUGCCAAGUGAAGAGCUUGAAGAUAAUAUAUAUAUUAUUUCCGGGAUUUUUCUUCAUGGGUUGUGUUUCUUUGAUUUGAAUAACUUUUCUUCCAAGAACAUGUUGUACCCAAAGUUAGGUUUUGAUGUAAUCUCUCUCUCUCUCGUUGAAGAGGAGUUUUUUUUUUUUUUUUGCAAUG